AUGGCGCUCACUGAGAUCAGCUCGCCGCUCCGGAGCCCUCCUCUCGCGGGAUGCGCCGGCGGCGCUCGGCGGGCGCGCUCCUCCUCCCCAAGGUCCAGCCGAUCUGCUUCCGUCAACAUCCGGUUACCGGCUGAGGCUACGCUAGCCGCAUCGCCGGAGCUACCGGAGGAUAUCUUGAUGUCCGUCUUCGGCAUCCUGGAGAUCCCUGACCUCGUACGAGCCGGCUCCGUGUGCACCUCAUGGCACUCCGCCUACAUCACCCUGCGCAACCUCCAGAAGCACAAGCAGUCUCAGACGCCGUGCCUGCUCUACACCUCCGAAUCUGCCGGUGACAAUGUUGCUUGCCUCUACAGCCUCCUGGAGAAGAGGGUUUACAGGUUAACUCUCCCAGAGCCGCCGAUCCGUAGCAGGUUCCUGAUUGGGUCAUCGCUCGGUUUCCUGGUUACCGUCGAUGCCAUAUCUGAAUUGCACCUCGUCAAUCCCAUCACUGGUGAACAGAUUGCUCUUCCCUCAGUGACCACCAUGCCGCACGUGAAGCUCAUCUGUGAUGACUUGGGUGCUGUCCACAAGUAUGAAUACUCAAAGAACUAUGCCAAACGAGCUUCCAGCACGUGGCUCUAUGCUCUUUGCGAGCUGCGGGAAUCCUUCUACUUUAAGGCAUUUGUGUUCUAUGAUGCAUCUACGGGAAGCUUCAUUGUGGUUCUCAUCCAUGAGCCAUUCAGUCAGCUCUCUUUUGCAAGGGUAGGGGAUGAUAAGUGGACCAGGCUGCCACCACACUGUGGCUACCAGGACUGCACCUACAAGGAUGGGUUGUUGUAUGCAGUCACUAUAAAGGGAGAAAUUCAUGCCUUCAAUCUCAGUGGUUCUGCUGUUACAAUAGAGAUUAUUAGGGGGUUGGACGUGUAUUUGGAUCUUGAUGCCGUAUCCAUUGUUCAUGCUCCAUGGGGUGAUCUGCUGCUUGUUUCGAGAUCAUUCGAGUUUGAGGAUCCUGAUGUUGAAAACGCUGAUCCUGAAAUACCUCUUCCCAAAUAUACGGGGGAGAUUAAAUUACGCAAAGUUGAUGUGGGCACAAUGAGGCUUGUGGAAAUUGAUUGCUUGCCUGACCAUGUGCUGUUUCUUGGGCAUAACCAUGCACUUUGUCUCAGUGCAAAAGAAUAUCCUGCUCUCAAGGGGAAUCAUGCCUACUUCACUGAUGAUGAUGAUUACAUUACGGGUCGUAAGGGUUGUCGUCGUGACAUAGGAGUGGUUGACUUGGGCAGUAAUACCAAGGAGGACCUUGUUUCUCCCCAGCUUUGGUCCAACUGGCCUGCUCCUGUGUGGAUUACGCCCAAUCUCACAAUGAUGAAACUGGCAUUGGAUAAGUAGGUCGGGUUCAAGUUGGAUUAAUGAUGUGCUCACUAAGGCACAUGUAGGUGUGCUAGAAGGUGAGCCUGUUGCCUAGGCCCUAAGCUGUGGAGGACUAUGUCCAGCAGAAGAAGGUUGCUUCUGACAACGCACAGACGAAAUGGUGGCAUCAAAGGGCUGAUGAUUCAGGAGGUCGCAUGAUGGAAUCAUGCUGUCAAGUUAUCGUUUUUAUCAAAUAUUUAAGUUUCAUGAAUGUCUCUUUUGUUAUGUGUGGGGUUCUGGAACUUUAUUAUCCCUUUGCCUGAUGUUUGUGCGGCUGU